AUGUCAGCGUCGGAAUCGGAGUCAGGUAGUGCUGAGUUACUGGAUGCGACUCCUGCUGCUUCAACCUCCCGGCGCAGCAACCGAAUCGCAGCCCAGAGUGAGUCCGCCUCUCAGAUCAGGGAGACGCUAAGGGCUAGGGGAAUUACUCCGGCCCCGGGCCUGGAGCUUUCGCAGCUCCAAGAUCUGGCCAGCAACGGCGUGGUCUGCGAAACUCCGGUUCGGGUUCAACGCCCCGCAUCCUCUGGCCCCGCAGCUGCUCCGGGUCGGAAACGCACGAGGAAAACACACCAUCUUGCUCCUCAAGCCAAGCGUAAGCGAGCCUCGGCUGUCUCUGCUCCUCCUGACCAUCCAGAUGCUGCUCUCCAUGCACCAGAUGUCGCCCUCACAUCUACCCUUCAGUCUCUGGUAAACAGCAUGAAUGCAAUUGAUGCCCGCCUCCAGUGCCUGGAGAACGCCCAAGCCUCAUCCUCCUCCUCUGCCAUGUUUUCUGUCCCGCCAUUGCUGCACCCACCGGCGCCGGUAAUGGCCCCGGCACCGGUUCCUCAGCCAUCCUCAUCCUUCGCAACAGCCCCUGACGUGCCUCAGCAUUCCCUGGCCUCCGCUGUCCCCGCACCGACAAUAGGUAGGCCUUACGUUCCAUUUGGGGCAAACAUCUCUCCUCGACUAAGGUCAAAAAUCUUGCAGGGGAAAGACAUAAAUCUCAUCAGCCUAAUUCUCCCAUCUCCAGAGUGCGGUAACAAAAUUUCCUCGGGCGAAAAUUUCACAGCAGUCAUAAAAUCCGCCGACCCCAGACUGGCGAGAGAUUUGUCUAUCGGUGAAUUUGUUGUAGCCUUCGGGAUUUACCGGGACGUAAUAUGCUCAGUCUACCCGGAGCGCAGACAGGAACUGGACUCCUAUUUGGCACUGAUAGGGGAUUUAAAUUUGAGAUAUGGGAAAAACAUUUUCUACCAGUAUCACAAAGGCUUCUCCAGCAAAGCAGCGCUUUACAUUGCCCAAGCGAACAUUCGGCUGAACUGGUCCGUUUUGGAUACGGAGCUCCUGGUUAUGCUGGUGGGUGGCGCGCAGGCCGUGGCAUGCAAAAACUGCGGCAACACCGGCCAUUCCGAAUCUCUCUGCCCUCUGGUCCCCUUUUUCCCCCAAGAGCGCUCAGCCUUCCCAGCAGCUAACAACGAACCAUCUUCUCUUCAGAAAGAGAAAACCGACAGCCGCGGCCGAAAGCAAUUGCAAGGACGCGCACCCCCGCUCUGUGUGCCCUCGCAGGUUUCGCCCUCCGCAGCAGAAUCGCCGUGGUUCAAAGACUUAUUAAAAAUCCACCCAUCAACUCCAAUAAAUGUCCCAGCUCUUGCAUCAGAAUUGUCCUCGCAUCCUGAUUCUGUGUUUGUUGAUCAUUUGCUCUCUGGUUUGUCCCAAGGGUUCCGGGUGGGGGUCGUCUCGUCCCUUUCCUCCUCAUACGUCUCCAAAAAUCUUCAGUCCGCGAUCCAAGAGCCAGACUUAGUAUCUCAGUUACUUAAGAAAGAGCUCGAUAAAGGUUAUCUAAUUGGCCCAUUCAACUCGUCUCCGUUUCCCGUGUUUCGCACUAGCCCAGUGGGAAUAGCCACGAGAAAAUACUCCGGCAAAAAACGUCUAAUAGUCGACCUCUCGGCUCCUCGCUCCGGUCCAGUCCCAAGCAUUAACAGUCUCAUUCCUCCCGCACCUUUCUCUCUUCACUACUCCACUGUUGACAAUGCUAUCAAGCUUAUCAAGCUAUCCGGCCAGGGCGCAUGGCUUUCAAAAGCCGACAUCACCGAUGCUUUCAAAAUCUGCCCAAUCCAUCCCUCGCAGUGGCAUCUGUUCGGUCUCAAGUGGGAAUCCAAGCUGUAUUUUGCAGUGCGCCUCACGUUCGGUUGUAGGAGCAGUCCUUCCAUUUUCAAUCAGGUUUCCGAAGCCCUCUGCUGGAUAUUUUUAAACCGAGUCAGAGUUCCCUCUUUGCUUCACUUCCUGGACGAUUUUCUGCUAAUAGAUCCCCCGCAUGACAAUUCCGGCUCCUCGCUGUCCAAAUUGAAACUCCUGUUCCAAUAUCUGGGUGUCCCCCUCUCCGACGAGAAAACCAGUGGUCCAGCUACGCGCCUCGAGUUCUUAGGCAUUACUCUAGAUACAGUGGAAAUGAAAGCUUCUCUUCCAGCUGAGAAACUCGAACGCAUUCGCGAAAUAACCCACUCAGUCACGGCAUAUCAAGAAAUAACAAAACAGCAAAUGCUCUCUCUCCUCGGCCACCUAAAUUUCGCGAUGCGCGUGGUCCCUCAGGGUCGCUCGUUCAUUUCCAGACUGCUGGACAUGGCUGCGUCCGUGCCAAAUCUGCGUGACAAAAUCCUAUUGGAUGAUGGUUGCCGCUCCGAUUUGAAAUUUUGGUCGCAUUUGCUGAACCACUGGAACGGCGUGUCAUUCUUCUAUGAUGAUUUAGUAUAUUCAUCUGACUCGCUCAAAUUCUUCACAGAUGCCGCGCCCUCCGUGGGUUUUGGGGGCUAUUUUCAGGGCCAGUGGUUUGCCAGCAGAUGGCCCAAGUCCUUCCCUAAGGUCGAUUCCUCUUCAGCCCUGUAUGAAAUCUAUCCCAUUGCGGUAGCAUGCCACGUGUGGGGGAAAUCCUGGAAACGCAAACGCAUCGCUGUUCAGUGCGACAACGAGGCAGUAGUAGGCAUCAUCAAUAAAGGCCGUUCAGCCAGUCGCGAAAUCAUGCCAUUCAUGAGAUCCAUUACCUGGCUGUCCGUCACCCACAAUUUCAUUAUUACUGCCCGUCACGUGCCAGGCCGUGCUAACGUCAUUGCUGACUCCCUAUCCCGUUUUAAUUUCCAGGUUUUCAAGACUCUUUGCCCAGAAGCCAGCCCGACACCCACUGCAGUUCCUCCUCUAGAGGCACUAGCCCUCCACUAAACCCUCUCUCCUUGCAGCCAUAUUUAGAUUCAGCUAGGUUUUAUAUGAGGAAAGGUAUAGCGGCCUCUACCCUGAAAUCCUAUGAUUUUGCUUGGAAGAUUUUUGCUAUGUUUUGUGCUUCUCUUCAUCUGCCACUAAAACCCGUUACAAUCAGU